AUGGAGUUGCAUUUCUUUGUUUAUCCCGCUAUCAUAUUGUUACCACCUUUAAUCUUCGCUAUAAUCCACUCCAAAAGAUCAGGCAGUGAAAGGUUGCCACCAGGGCCCCUCGGAUGGCCAGUGUUUGGCCACAUGUUCAAUCUUGGUGGCACCCCACACCGAGCCAUAGCGGAACUAGAGCAGAAGUAUGGUCCCGUGGUGUGGCUCAAGCUUGGCUCCAUCAACACCAUGGCCCUGCUCAAGGCGAAACCCGCCUCUGAGUUCUUCAAGAACCACGACCUCUCCUUUGCAGACCGCACUAUAGUCGAAACCAUGACUGCACACGGCUACAACUAUGGUUCAUUGGCUUUGGCGCCUUACGGCUCCCGCUGGCGUGUGCUGCGGCGCAUUUGCACUGUGGAAAUGUUCGUCAGUAAACGGAUUAGCGAGACCGAGGGUAUCAGGAGGAAGUGUGUGGAUGAUAUGUUGUCUUGGAUUGAGAAAGAUGGGAAUGGGAAUGCGAUUCCGGUGGGGAGAUAUGCAUUCCUUGCGUCGUUUAACAUGCUUGGGAACCUGAUGAUGUCCAGGGAUUUGGUGGAUCCGGAAUCAGAGAAGGGAUUGGAAUUUUACGAUGCCAUGAAGAAGGUCAUGGAAUGGUCCGCCAGGCCAAAUGUUUCCGAUUUGUUCCCCUGGAUUCGAUGGAUUGAUCUCCAGGGUCUGAAAAGAAGAGCAAACCGGGAUAUGGGAACAGCAAUGGGAAUUGUUUCUGGAUUUGUGAAGGAACGGAUUCAACAGCGCAAGAACGGAGAAUGGAAAGAGAAGGACUUCUUGGAUGUGUUGCUGGAGUCUGAAAGCUGCAAAGUGGAGUCUGAAAAAUUAACAGAAACUGAAAUCAUUAUUUUCAUAUUGGAAAUAUUCUUGGCGGGCACCGAGACAACUAGUACCUCGAUCGAGUGGGCAAUGUCAGAGCUCCUCCGCAAUCCAGAAACAAUGGCCAAGCUCAAAGACGAGAUUUCAAGUGUGGUCGGGCUUGGAGAGAGAUUCCUAGAGAGUCACAUUGAUAAUCUCCCUUACUUGCAGGCCGUGAUCAAGGAAACUCUUCGUUUACAUCCCCCACUUCCUUUCCUCCUUCCUCGACGAGCGAUUCAGGACACGAAUUUCAUGGGCUAUUGCGUGCCUAAGAACACUCAGGUUUUUGUGAACGUUUGGGCUAUUGGUCGAGAUCAAGAAUAUUGGGAGGAUGCCGUCUGUUUCAAGCCCGAAAGGUUUUUAGGCACGAAUGUUGACUACAAGGGACAGAGUUUUGAGUUGAUUCCAUUUGGUGCAGGGCGAAGGAUGUGUGCGGGCCUGGCAUUGGGCCAUCGGAUGAUACACUUUGUGCUGGGAUCACUGGUUCAUGAAUUCGAGUGGGAGCUGGAGAGUUCAGUCACCCCUGAUGCUGUCGACAUGAGUGAGAGGAUGGGAAUUACUGUCGGGAAACUCAAGCCUCUGAAAGCUGUGCCCAGGAAACAUGCCCGCGAAUGUGAUAUCAAGUAAUGUAGUCGAUUAAAACAUGUUAUUUAUUCAGCCUUUUCUUAAUGUCUAUUGUUUCGAACAAUAAUGUAAUAGAUGAUCAUGUACUCUCUCUAGCGAAAUCUCCCGAAAAUCUUUCCUUCAAAGUCCACAAAUUCUCCAGUCCACAUUCCACAACUACCAUAUGGAAGUAACCCCCACUCCAAUUUAUUGCAAUUCAGCUCAGCCCAAAUACCGUCGUCUCCUUCUUCUUGCAAAAGCUCAAUUUAGUUCUGUUAUGAUGCGUGUUACAGAGCAAUCGCAGAGCAGAUGAGCUUGAAGACGAUGCUCACUGACCUGGAGCUAUGUUGGCUGCCUCAUCACUUAACUUUAUGUUCAGUCUUUGUUUAGUUUGCAAACACGCUUUUCAUUAGUUAGAUGUACGUUUUCUCCUGCAGUUAGUUUGUUAGCGUUAGUUAAGAACUGCUCUUCUUCCAACUUGUAUAUACAGCCUCUGUAACUAAUUCUUCCUUGAAUCAAUGAGA